AUGCGCGGCCCGCAGCGGACCCCGCGAACCGUCAUCGACCGCGCAUUGGUCAUUCUCGUCGCGCUGAUGUGGGUCGCGGUGGGGCUGACGUGGCAAGCGGCCCGCUGGAACAUCCAGAAAGCGCAAAAAGAAGCUUCCAACCCGGACCAGCGCGCGCAAGCGCAGAAGGGCGACUGGUGGGAGGAAUCCAUGGCUGGAAAGCAGAAGGCGAAAGAAGUGGCAGCGGCGAAAGCAGCAGCGGCUAAGGAAGCGGGAUAUGAUAGUCAGAUUACGAUCGGCAGGAGUGGAAGGGAGUACGGCGGGGUUAACAGCGGUGGGGGGGGUUCGCGGUAUGCUACGCGCGUAGCAGUAGGCGGGGAUCUGGGGGACCGGCUGUCGGUCGGGGGGGAUGAGUUGGAAGAUUACGCUCGUCAGGAUGUUGCUGUAGUGGAUAACACUAAACGGAGACGGAUGAAAGCUAGUAUCGGGGACGGGCACUCGGAUCGGUCGCGGAUAUGGCACCCUGUGACGGAAGACGACGACAUUCAAGACGUGCCUAUAGACGUGCGCUCUAUAAAGAGGAUAAGACGGCGGACGGACAUGGACGGGGAGCUGGACUGGCCGAUCGAAGUGCGAACGACGCGAAGGGUCAAGCGGCGCGGGACGCAUUAUGACGUUAACAGCCAUAGCCUUGAUCAUAGCCUUGGGUUUGACACGAGCGGUAUCAAGGGAUUGGAGGAGGUGAGGGAGGAGGUGAGAGGGCGGCAUCUGGUGUUUGCAUUUGAGGAGGAAGUGAGCAGUGAUGAUGUGGCGCCUGCAUCUGUUAUCAGCAGGACUCCAGAGAGGUACACUGUCUCAGCUUGA